UUCAUCUUUCCAUAGUCAGUUCCCAGAUCCCUUCGUGGUCGCAUCGCUUUGGUAGCAACAAAUUAAUUGAAUCAGAUCUCAGGAAAAAUCACAAUGAAAUCCAUUCUCCGGCUAAUCACAGUAGCUGUGGUAUUGACCAUCGUUAGUGCCAAGAUCCCUCUCCCCAGGAAUAUCACAACUCAUUCUGCGAAGGUAUGGCUCGUCAAGACACUCACGUUUAGCUAUGUGGACCGUUUGGUGAAGGAGUUGAGGAAUGUGAAUAGCGGGCCUCUGGAAGGAAAAGCCACUAUUCUGCCCCCAUUUCCAGAUCCGGUACUUGUAGCUCCUGGGGAAUUACCGAUUGACAUCCCAUUAGAUUUCUUGGAGCCACCAAUUACAAUCACUGGGAAUCUGCAGACUACAACCGAUUUGGAAAUCACAGGACUGAGUGCUAUAGUUGACAACUUUCAGGUUGUCGUUAUAACAGGCCGUAUUACGUGGGAUUUGUCGCUGCCUUCUGCGGCCUUGUCCACGUCUGGCUACAACAUGCACAUAGAAGUCAAAACGGGAGAAGAAGUGACGACCACUAUUGAUGGGUCUGGAGACAUUUCUGCAUCCGUUGCCGAUGUUUUCCUCAAAAUUGACGCAAGUGUAAGACUCACAGGAACUCUAUUAGUGCGCAGUUUGGUUUUGGACGUUGGAUUUAAAGAAUUGAGUCUGGACGGGGGAGUCGCAACGAUUGACGGUGAACCUAUCGACUGGGCGAAGUUGAGCACUGACAUACAAGAAUUCUUUGACGCUGCGUGGACAGACAAUGAUGAAUUCAAAACAAUUCUCACCGAAGCUGUCCGAUGCUCUGUAGACCAUGUAAUAAACGGAUGUACAUUGGCCGGAAUAGUCGCCGACCCAUCGUGCCUGAAACUUGAACUGAAUAUGGACUGUCUGGAGCCUUUCAUCCCCACAGGCCCCACUGGCGAGCCGACCACAGCCCCCACUGGCGCACCAACCACAGCCCCCACUGGCGCACCAACCACUGAUGCACCAACUACCACCGCACCUACUACAACGACGGCGUCGGGAUUUUCAACUGUGUCAAAUGCAUUCAUCGUCAUGAUAGUCAGUUUGGUUGUCAGAUUCUGUUGAGGAAAGUUAAAUAGUGCUGCAUAUUAUUUAUAUUAUACAGAUGUUGAUAAAUAAAACGAACUAGUAAAUUUUAAUUUUAACUACGUAAUGCCAAGAA